AUGUCGAGAUCCAGAAGCUCGAUGGCCUUAGGCUUCGGCCUCCUGGCCUGGAUGGCUCUCCUCUUCUCCCCUCUUGCCUUCGUCCAGACCGCCCAGGCUCAAGACACUGAGAGCUACGGCACUGUCAUCGGUAUUUUCUCCGACAAGGCUGUUCAGUCCGACAUCAAGCACUACCCCUACAAGGUUAUUGAGAAGGAUGGCAAGCCUAUUGUCGAGGUUGAGGUUGCCGGCUCCCCCAAGCGCUUCACCCCCGAGGAGAUCUCUGCCAUGAUUCUGGGCAAGAUGAAGGAUGUCGCCGAGGCCUACCUUGGCAAGAAGAUCACCCACGCCGUCGUCACUGUCCCUGCCUACUUCAACGACAACCAGCGCCAGGCCACCAAGGAUGCCGGUGUCAUCGCCGGUCUCAACGUCCUCCGCAUUGUCAACGAGCCCACCGCCGCCGCUAUCGCCUACGGUCUUGACAAGACCGACGGUGAGCGCCAGAUCAUCGUCUACGACCUCGGUGGUGGUACCUUUGAUGUGUCCCUGCUCUCCAUCGACCAGGGCGUUUUCGAGGUCUUGGCUACUGCCGGUGACACCCACUUGGGUGGUGAGGAUUUCGACCAGCGCAUCAUCAACUACUUCGCCAAGGCCUACAACAAGAAGAACAACGUCGAUGUCACCAAGGACUUCAAGGCCAUGGGUAAGCUCAAGCGCGAGGCCGAGAAGGCCAAGCGUACCCUCUCUUCUCAGAUGUCCACUCGCAUUGAGAUCGAGGCCUUCUUCGAUGGCAAGGACUUCUCCGAGACUCUCACCCGCGCCAAGUUCGAGGAGCUCAACAAUGACCUCUUCAAGAAGACCCUGAAGCCCGUCGAGCAGGUGCUCAAGGACGCCAAGGUCAAGAAGGAGGACAUUGACGACAUCGUUCUCGUCGGUGGCUCCACCCGUAUCCCCAAGGUUGUCAACCUCAUUGAGGAGUACUUCGGCGGAAAGAAGGCUUCCAAGGGUAUCAACCCCGAUGAGGCUGUCGCUUACGGUGCCGCCGUUCAGGCCGGUGUUCUUGCCGGUGAGGCCGGAACUGAGGACGUCGUUCUCAUGGAUGUCAACCCCUUGACUCUUGGUAUUGAGACCACUGGAGGUGUCAUGACCAAGCUGAUCCAGCGCAACACCCCUAUCCCUACCCGCAAGAGCCAGAUCUUCUCCACCGCCGCCGACAACCAGCCCGUCGUUCUCAUCCAGGUCUACGAGGGUGAGCGUUCUCUUACCAAGGACAACAACCUCCUCGGCAAGUUCGAGCUCACUGGCAUUCCUCCCGCGCCCCGCGGUGUCCCCCAGAUCGAGGUUUCCUUCGAGCUUGAUGCCAACGGUAUCCUCAAGGUCUCCGCCCACGACAAGGGCACCGGCAAGCAGGAGUCCAUCACCAUCACCAACGACAAGGGUCGUCUCACCCCGGAGGAGAUUGACCGCAUGGUCGCCGAGGCUGAGAAGUACGCCGAGGAGGACAAGGCCACCCGUGAGCGCAUUGAGGCUCGCAACGGUCUUGAGAACUAUGCCUUCUCCCUCAAGAACCAGGUCAACGACGAGGAGGGCCUCGGUGGCAAGAUUGACGACGAGGACAAGGAGACUAUCCUCGAGGCUGUCAAAGAGACCACCGACUGGCUUGAGGAGAACGGCCCCACCGCCAACGCCGAGGACUUCGAGGAGCAGAAGGAGAAGCUGUCCAACGUCGCCUACCCCAUCACUUCCAAGAUGUACCAGGGCGCCGGUGGCGCUGGUGGCGAGGAUGAGCCCCCCAGCCACGACGAGCUCUAA